UCUUUUCUUUGACUCAUUAAAACAUUAUUCUAAUGUCAACAACAGAGACUGUUCAUCGCCUCAGCCUGUUCCUGCUGAGAUCUGAUCAUUGUGUAUUGAAAACGUCUCAAGUGGGGUCACACUGUGUCUGCAGGCCAGACUUAUUGUUAGCGGCGGGAGUGCGCAGCGCGCGCGUGCACACACCACCCCCGCACUUAUUUCCAAAACAAUGGCCACUGCUGUCUAAUCUCAUUCAACAAGUGCAGGAUUCAUAUCUCAGAUCCACUCUUGAACACAGGCGGCUCCAGCGCUGAAGCUCUUAAUUGUCAUUAUGAGCAAAGUAUUUCCAUUAGAAAGACGAACAAAGCGCGGUAAUUAUGUUUGCGUUGCCCGGCAACUCCGUGGCUUCCCACUUCACUAUAUAACAGGGGUGAUGGGUUUGUGUUGCCAGCACUCGUUUGGGGGAAGAGGUUUCCAAACCUGCUCCAUAUGGUAGAAAGAUGACAUUUCUCCGAUAAGUUUUCGGUCCAUUUCAGAAUCAUGCUCAAGGCUCAGGGGAAGUCCGAUGGGCAAACAGGCACUAAGAUCCUCCUGGAGGCGAUGUCCAAGGAUAAAGUCCACCUGGCCAGGUUCGUUCUGGACGCGCUGGAUGGGGAAAUCGUGGACUCCAAAACAGAGGGCGCACAGACCCCCCUCAUCUCUUCUAUUCUGCUGCCUCAUAGUCAGACUCGGUGUAAGUUUGUAGAGCUUCUGCUGCAGAGAGGGGCCAAUGUCAACUGUCAGGACGGCGACGGGCGCACCGCGCUCAGUUACGCUUGUGAGAAAGGCUUCCUGGAUGCUGUGAAGAUCCUGGUCCGUAACAAUGCAGACCCGGAGAUUGUGGACGCCUGGGGGAACACUGCGCUGAUGUACGCCGCAGUGGCAGGUCACUCACCUGUGGUUGAGUUUUUGGUGAGAGCUUUCAAGAGGCUGGGUCUUCAGAUAGACAGGCAGAAUAAAGUUGGCAACUCUGCUGUUGAAGUGGCCAAGUUUCUCGGGCACACAGAGUGCAUCUUUGCGCUCACUAACAACUCCAAGAAGGGCCGUGAGGCUCAGGGAAAUGCGCAUCCGCGACGUAGUUUGGGAUGUGGGGAUGUGGAUGAUAAGUUUGAGAGGAAAGUUGGACAUUUAGUGAACAAACUUGAGGUCCUCCAAACGUGUAAUCAUGCAGAUUGCCUAUUGCCUUUUAACUGCACUUGGCAACCAAGGCCUCGGAUUAAACAGAGUCGGUUGCCCUCGAUGGACUCUAUAGAGGAGUUUGAAAGAGAGAAUGACGGCUCCUCCUCGCCUCCACAGGAGCUGGUCUUCUCCGGAGUCCUAACCCCUAAACCCCCUCCGCGGACUUCCGACCAUUCUCCCAACUCUAAGCAUCCUAAAACCAGGGAAAGGCUGCCCACCUCUGAUGAUCGCCUCCCCCCUCUUAUACAGAGCGGUGAGGCUCAAACAUCUGUUUUCUUCUCUCCCCGGGCCAGCAGAAACACCCCCAAACCCAGCGCGCCCUCUGCCCUGGGCAUCUUACUGACUCCCAUUCUUGCCAAAAAAAGUGAGAAUGAACCACGGACAGAAAAAUCUAAAAUGUUAGACUUCGGUGUGCGCAGAUUUCACGACAGCUACUAUCGGAAAAGAUGGAGUCUGCCAACGAGUAUCCUCAGCCCCACACCUCCGGAGCGCACACUGGGGCAUUUGCAUAAAUCCAGAACCGCGAGGAGGCGCGAAGCGUCUCCCUGCAAGGCUGACCCUCCACAGUUUACCGCACCAGCUGCCGCCACUUCAAACGCGACUUUCUCGGUGUUGAGCAACAAACUCUUACGCCGAUUUACCUCCCCGGAGUUUAAAAAGGACGUGAAAGAGUUGAAGGUGGACCCGGUGUUGGCUUCAGGGCGGAUGCCGCGAUCAGAAACUUUUCCUCAGGGCAUAAAACAUCCCCAGGUGCACAGUAAACCCAGCAUCGACAGCAUCAGCUCCGUCAAGUGCGAGUUUGACUUUCAUUUCAGAAUGCCACACUCUUAAAAACCCCAGUGCGCCAUGCGUAAAAAGUGUUUGUCUGUACUUAUCCGCCACUAAUCUUCAGAAUAUAGCGAUAGUUUUUAGACCUAGCUACAUCAGAGAGCUGCUCUGCUUCACCCAAUAACGCCACUUUCCUAAAUUCAACCCCAAAGUGUGUCUUGUGAUCCUCACUGACCUUCAAAACUCAAAUGCCUCGCCUGCAAGUGAUCACAGCGUCGACGUCUAAUGUUGUCGUUACUAUGUAACAACAGAGCGGCGGCGAGACAUCCGCCCUGUAAAAGUUUCUGCCAUUUUACAUCCGGACGCUGUCAACCGAAGGAUAGAUGAAGUAAAACGAACCUAAAGGCUUUUAACUACGACUGAAUAACUAAGUACUUUGCGUAAACUUUGCGCGUGAAGCGUACGGCAGCUGCCAGUCGGAUACUGCAGCCACAGAGUGUGUAACUUCUGCUGUCAGUGUAUAUGGUGGCUCCUGUGUUCAGCAGCAUUUGCCACUCCUUUUGGAGUGGGUGGGGGUUGCAACGAAGGUGGAGGUGUGAUGUGCAAUAAAUGAUAAAAUAAUUUAAUACGCAUAGCAUGUACUUGUGCCACAACCUUUCAUACGUCUCCGUAUCUUUCAGCACAUCAGUGUAGAGUUCUGAUAGGUGGGUUGCCAUCUUCAGUGACUGAUUUUAAUGGUUGCUAACAGUGUAUAAAAUCUCACUAUCUGAAAUGAACAUGGUGUCCUGUGUUGGAUAUAUGUGUGUGUGUGUGUGUGUGUGUGUGUGAGAGAGAGAGAGAGAGAGAGAGAGAGAGAGAGUCGGUGAGUGAGACGCACUCAGAGACCAUUAGUGUGGACAGUAUUUACAGUACAUUUUCAAAAAGGGUCAGUAUGUCGUCUUUGUUCUGACACACGUGGUAAUAAUUCAGAUAACAAUUCAGGCUUUGGUGUGAUUCUACUCAACAUAUCCAUAAGCGUUAAGGUUAGUCUGAUCUUACAUGCCAUUUAUGUGUAAUUAGUCUCAAAAUUACGAUUCGUAAAGCGAGAGAAGAAUGAUGCCAUAGUGGUGCCCGCGUCCGCUUCACUUGUGUCAUAACUUCUGAAACGUUUCUGAAUAACGAUAUUUCUGCAUUAACCCAACAGGUCACGUUUAUUCGUAGAUGUAAAUGCUAUAAAAUCAUCGAACGAUACACUGAAAGGAGAUUUUAAGCCUCCGUGUAAGAUGAAGUGAUUCUUGCAGCACUCCUUCUCACAAACUCUCAGCUGCAACCCUGCAGAAGUGGAGUUCGAGAGAGGGAGAGAGGGAGGGGGGGAAGGGAGGGGGUGUUGUCGGCGUUUCCCUCCAGACAUACAUCAUUUCAGCCCAGCCUACAGCUGCUAUCACAGAGAUGGAGACUACAGCAUUGCGGGAAUAACGGAGUCCUUCCUUACAGGAGACAAAUUCAGGUGACGGACUUUUUCCUUUCAAGAAGGACAAUCAUUCCUGAUGUUAAUAAUGCGCAGAAUGAGCUCAGUGCUGCAGCUGUCACUGCGUUAAAACCUGUCAGCCUUGGAGAGGGAGGGCGGUUUGGACAGCCAGAACUCCUCGGAGCCGACUGCUUCUGCAGCACAAACCGGAUCUCACGUCCAACCUGGAGACAUUUUUU